AUGAGCAGACAAGCUUGCAAGAAAUCCUUCAGUGGUGGGAGCCAAGGCUUCUCUGGCCGCUCAGCCAUGGUCUCCAGCAGCAGCAGCAGCAGUGGUGGUGGCAGGACAAGCUGCGUGGCCGGCUCCAAGGGAGCCAGUGGAGGGGCCUGUGGGCUCCAGAGUGGAGCAGGUGGCUUUAGAAGUCGCAGCCUCUACAACCUGGGUGGAAACAAGAGCAUCUCCAUGAGUGUGGCGGCUGGUGGCUCCCAGGCUGGCGGCUUUGGUGGAGGGCAUAGUAGCUGCGGUAGUGGUUUUGGAGGUGUCUAUAGAGGUGGUUUUGGCAGUGGCAGAGGAAUGGGAGGAGGCUUUGGGGGAGCUGGUGGCUUUGGGGGGUCUGCUGGCUUUGUUGCCGUUUGCCCCCCUGGGGGAAUCCAGGAAGUGACAGUUAACCAGAGCCUCCUGCAGCCCCUCAAUGUGGAGAUUGACCCCCAGAUGGGGCAAGUGAAGGCUCAGGAGCGGGAACAGAUCAAAACCCUCAACAACAAGUUUGCUUCUUUCAUUGAUAAGGUGCGCUUCCUGGAACAGCAAAACAAGGUUCUGGAGACGAAGUGGGAACUGCUCCAGCAGCAGGCCACCCGAUCUGGCUCAGGGCCCAAGAAUUUGGAGCCUUUCUUUGAGUCCUACAUCAGCUUUCUGCACAAGUGGUUGGAUUCACUUCUAGGGGAGAGGGAAAACCUGGAGGGAGAAGCGAAGAACAUGCAGGACCUGAUGGAAGACUUCAAGAAGAAAUGAAAGCUAGAAAGUUUUGUGGGUCAGGAGGGAGCAGGAGGUCAUUCCCUGGGUUUCUGACUUCUCUUUCAGGAUGUAGAUGCAGCUUACGUGAACAAGGCUGAGCUGCAGGCUAAAGUGGACAGCCUGGUAGAUGAAAUCAACUUCCUGAGGACCCUCUAUGACAUGGAGCUGUCCCAGAUGCAGAAUCAUGUCAGCAACAUGUCUGUGGUGGUGUCCAUGGAUAAUAACCGCUGCCUGGACCUGGACAGCAUCAUAGCCGAGGUCCGUGCUCAGUAUGAAGAGAUUGCCCAGAGGAGCAAGGCGGAGGUUGAGGCCCUGUACCAGACUAAGCUUGGGGAGCUGCAGACCACAGCUGGCAGGCAUGGGGACGACCUACGAAGCACCAAGAAUGAGAUCAUGGAGCUCAACAUGAUGACCCAGAGGCUGCGGGCAGAGAUUGAGAAUGUUAAGAAGCAGAAUGCCAACCUGCAGACAUCCAUUGCAGAAGCUGAGCAGCGUGGUGAGAUGGUUCUCAAGGAUGCCAAUGCCAAGCUUCAAGACUUGCAGAGCGCCCUACAGCAGGCCAAAGAUGACCUGGCUCAUCUGCUGCAUGACUAUCAGGGGCUGAUGAACAUCAAGCUGGCCUUGGAUGUGGAGAUUGCCACCUACCGCAAGCUCCUGGAGGGCGAAGAGUACAGGAUGUCUGGAGAGUACCUGAAUUCUGUGAGCAUCUCAGUGGUCAGCAAUAUCACCAGCACGAGCAGCAGCUCUGGAGGUUUCCGAGGAGUCAAUGGCAGCAGCAGCGGUAGCAGCUAUGGACAGGACAGCAGUAGCAGGAGAAGUGGGGGCAGGGCCGGCAUGAAUAGCUACCAGAGCAGCAGCAGCAGCGGCAGCAGCAGCAGCAGCAGCAGCAGUGGGACCAGGCUCGGCAGUGGAGGCAGCAGGUGUGUGAGCCAGCGUGGAGCGGGCUUUGGCUCUGCCUGCAUCCAGACCUCAGUAGGCUACAAGUCUGCUUGUGGAGGCAAUAGCAGUCGCCACUUCUCCCAGAUCACUACCAGCUCCAGCCAGCAGUGCCCCAAGUGA